UCCUUUUCAAUGUGGAAAAUUAUUUUUCCACGUGGCAAAAUUAAGUGUCCAACAUGGCAAUAAGGGUAUGGAUGAAAACAAAAAACAGAAGAAGUGGGUCAUUUGGGAAAUAAACAGAAAUUUGGAUCCCCAUUUAUUGCGAUUAUUCGAAAUUUUGAAUUCCAAUUCAUUUUCAUUUCUCGUCUCAUAAUCUCAUUGCGAAAAUGGCGAAUUUCAAAGCAAGUUGCAGAGAUCCAACGGCUCAGAAUCCUCCAAAUGUCUCGAGCUCAGGAAGUGGUGGGGUUUGUAUGAUGAGGAACACAUGGAGAGAUGAACAGCACCCAUCAUUCAUCAACUUCAUCUCCUCCUUCCUCAAAGCAAAUUCUUUCCGUCUUAACUUCGUCCCAAUUGCCCCUGAUUUCAUUUUCAACUGUGGUGGUUUAUCAGUGGCCUUUGUUUUCGUGACAAACUGGGACUGUAACAACUACUUGCCAACCUUUAGCAGGGUAAAGAAACUAAAGGAGCAAUUUGCACAUCUCUACAUUGUCGUCACGCUUCCAACCAGGGAGCAAAAUGAUUCUUUUGUGCACUCUUACUUCAAGCUUGGAAUGGAGCUUGGAAGGCCUACAUUUGUGCCAGUUCAAGACAUAGAGAUGGGCUUUGAGAAGAUUGUGAAGAUAGCUCAUGCCCGUGGGGUAUGUAAGAGGCAGGAUGUGAUAUCCAAAUUGAGGGCUGAGAGGAAGCGAUCAGUGCAAGGAAUGGACGUAUUCCUAAGAGUAAUCACUUCCAUACCUGGAAUUGACAACCAUGAUGCAAAUUCGCUUAAUCAAGCCAUUGGUUCGGUCGAAGCAAUUGCCAAAGCAUCAAAGGAUUAUAUUUUGGAGAACACGGACCUUUCAUCUGACAAGGCGGAGACGAUUACAAGGUUUUUCAGAGAUCCAAAGUUUUAUCUCAGUCCAAAAAUCAAUUGAUAGGAGAAAGAACAAGGCAGAUGAGAAUUCAAAUGAGUAGUGACAGUCUUGAGAAGGUCUCUUCAGCUCAAAUUGUAAGUUUGUUGAAUCCCUCUCCCUUGAAUACACCUACAUUUCUCUUAGUAGUGAUAUGAUACCAGUUACUUGAAAUUCUAUAUGAUGAUUUCUCCAA